AUGCAUCGUUAUCAACACAAUGUAAGACCGUGCCAAAACAAACUCGUGGAAUUUCAAGUAAACAAACGUAAUGACGGAAUUUAUAAGGCAAAGGUGAAUAGAUAACGUGAUCAGUAUAUUCCUUAAACGUCCCUCGAUCUUUUAAUCCUUUUGUUUUCCUGCUUUCGUUUUUUUUAUCGCAAAGAGCUGGUAAUUGUAAUGUAUAUAUGAGUUUGCAUAUGUAUCAUAUGAUACAAAUUUGCACCAUAACUUAAGGUAUGAUAUGUUGCUUAAGUCACAUAUCUGGUAAUAAGAACAUGAAAUUACUUAUCUGGCCUUGCUUGGAUUUUCUGAUUACGGAAGCCACCAGAUGUAGACUUUCCUCGCAUAUGCCUGCGACACAACAAAUUGUCUAGAUAUAAGAAAACGCCAAUGUUCACCAAAAGUAGCUGCUUUUCUCCUUAACCUACCUUUGAAACGACUCUUUAGAGGAAUGCUGUUCGUGUCUUCUACUAACCUAAUGCUCAAAAAUAAUGGCAGUUCAAGGAUUCCUUAUCAGUUACUUAGGUUUCAGUCCUAAGGUUGUACACUUUGCGUCGCUACUGUGUGUGGUUGGCUUAAUCUGGCAUUAAAAGCAGGAAAACGGAAACAUUGGCUGAAUUGCGCGUUCGUAGCCCAGCCUUUCGAGGUUUCUACCGUGUCCUUUAUUGCUCAGUCCUGUGAUUUCAUUCUCGAGGCAAAAGUCAAAAUUACAGCUAGCUAGCUCCGAAGUAACUUAUACGGUUAUAUGUUCUGUCAAAUCCCUAGAGAUAUUGAGCUGAUGGGAAAGAGAUACCUAGUGGGACACUACAGAAGAAGAAAAUAUAUUUUAUUCUACAAUUAUGUAGAGAAUUAUUGAAGUGUCAGGAAAGUAGAAGAUCGGGGGUAUAAAGCAUACGCAACUUCAUUUGUAAGACGUAGUCAUCAAGAAGUAAAAGCAUGGCUUUUAGAAACGCGAGGCUAUGAUGUUCGGUCACUUUGAAUAACAGUUUGAAAGCUGGGUGUGUAAAAUAUAAUAUAUGUGGUCCUAAAAUUAAAAGCUAAGGGUCCAUUGAAGUGACCGGAAUGUGUAUCGAGCAGUGGGAACGCACCAUGGUGCCAUAAAAAUCGCGAUUCCUGCUACUGGGAGAAUAGCGUUUUCAGACUAUGCCAAUAUAAAAUCAGGGUAAACGGUAAGAUCAUAAACCAAUUCACAGAUUAUUUCUAAUACGACCCUAACGAAUAAGUGACCAGAAGGCGGUUCCUGGGUAUUAAGAAGUAAAAUAGAGUGAAAAGGUUGGGGAGUGGAUGACAAACGGGACGGCGCGCGGCAGGAAAGGAGCACAAACACCUUACGACAUGUCAGACGCCUGCUAGAACAUCGAAGAAAGUGCAGGAAAUGUUUAUCUUCUGUAAGAUGCAGGGGAGUGGAAGACGCUUGUUGCUUUGUCUGAUCUGCUUAAACAUUUAGAGUGAAAAAUCUACCCUAUGGACACAGAGUUUUUGCGCUAAGUUGAACUCUUUCCGAAUAAAAGCCUUUCUAAAGUAUGUUCCACGUGACUGUUGUUCAUACGCUUUAGAGUGACAUAUUGUGUGGAUUGAUAACGCGCUGUGUAAAUGCGGCUUAUACAGCUCGUGAGUUUACAAGAAAUCUCCGCAACUUGAAAGGAUGUUCGCCAACUUGUUUUAUGCGGUUGCGUUGAACAAUAUAUACAGGAGAGGGUAGUAUGUCAUGUUGGCAACAUUUUGCGUAUAGACGGGCUUUGCGCGGUGUCACCUGUGUCAGAGUGUGUGUCACUGAACUUGUCAACAUUCUGCAGAUGAUCGAUUUUCGAAUGAAGUAAAGUGUUAAAAAUGAAAAUUUCUCCAAACUCCAGUGUCAUGAGAAAAGUAUUAAAGCUACAUUCAUAGGGGAUUUUCUAGAACUGAAACAACAACUCGUAUGCUUAGGAUAAUAAAAAGAAACUAAUAUUUUUUUGACUCCGUUAGGACGACAACAGUCCUGUUAUAUAGUUAUUCUGCGGAAUCGGUACAUGGAGUUGAGUAGUUCCAUAAAGCAGCGCGUAGAUGCUUACCAAAUUCGAAAGCUGGGUUAUCUACUUGAAAUUAUUUACAAAAAUUUUCGAAUAGGUCCUGUAGUUAAAUCACAUCAUAUCGUAAUCAUUAAAAUUCCAUGCCUGAAUAUAAGUAUGUGGUAGAAUGACAUUACCAACAAAGACAACUGAGAGCGAAAUAGCCAGCUCUGGCGGAGCUCUAGAUUGAGCCCGAGUACGACUGCGUUUUGUGACGCGAUCGGUGGGCGCUCCUUUGCCAUAAAUAUGUGGUCUCAUGCAUAAACUGAAGCUUGAUUGAUUUGUCCUCGAAAAAUUUUUCUCACAGGAAAUUUAGACUGUGACAACAAAUCUGGUAAUACUGUUAAUUAGUGCUCCUUAUGUAAUUUGGUGUUAAAACGUUACUAUAUCGAAAAAGCGUUCACAUCAAGACUUAUUUCGGAUUUCAAAAGCUGGCGUGUUAAGUAGAUGACUGAACGUAGGCUGUCCAAAAAUUAUGCGCUUAGAGCGAAUCGAGUGUAUUUAAAUGUUCCUAGGACAUUGAAAAGACCAGAUAGAUAACCACCUGUUAAAUUCGUCCGUAGUUACAUUUUACUCUGCAGACUCUGAAGAUCAGAUAAAUUACUUCUGAAAAGAGAGUUUUGGGAGUGUGAAUAGUACAUAACCUCAGUGGUAUUGUCAUAAACGAAAUCCUCUUUUGUAAAGCUCCAGUCAGAAACAACUGUGUUGGACACACACAACAUUCCUAGACAAGUUCCACAUCAAAGGAUUAAAGCCGUACGUUGUUUGGCGGUUUAUACUAUAACAUUUCAUUAGAUUAAGUGUGAACAAGAGUGCAUUAACAAGAGGAACGACCAUAUCCUCCUUCAGCGGAUGACACUUCUCAAAAACGAGUACGGUGAGACAUACAAAAAUACGCACCACUCCAGUGGGUAAGUUGUUGCAAAAUUUGGCUAAAAUUGACCUUAAAGCCUGACCUAUGAAAAGAAGCGGCAGGAGUUGCUGAACAUUUGCAAAGACAACGCUACUGUCAUGAAAACGAUAACGGAUAUAAAGCCGUACGUGUGCAGGGCGAAACAAGAGGCGGAUUUUGACUUUCAUAAAACACUUUUGAAUAAAAUGUCGAGGUAUCCAGAAGACUGGUGGAAAUCCAUGCGUAAGCACAUUCUCUUAUAGAUUUUUCAAUUGUUUUUGUUUCACCUGGAAAAAUACUUUGAGGUUGCGAUAUAAAUGUAUGAGAAUACUCUUAGUAACUAUUUACCCAAUGUAACUUCCAGUGGGAUACGCGAAAUCCGUUGGCAGCAAGCGAGCUUAUUUUCUAUAAAGUGCGUGUACAAUGACUAAAGAGUGACACCUGGCAUUUUUAAAAGAGCAAAUCUCAUUUCACGGUGAAAGAUUUGAGGCCAGAAAUAUGUAUAUUCGUAAGUGUGCAUGAACUGGUACUUUGAGCAAAUUCUUAUGCACUCAGGUUUCAAAAAGCCAAAAUAAAUGGAUGUUUUCCUAACCUGUCUUCUCUUAACCCUCUUUUAGAUUAA